AUGGAUGGGUUCCAUUACCCCAAAUCCACCCUUAGAACGUUUCAAGACCCUGAGUGCGCGUUCCGACGGCGAGGAGCCCCCUUCACAUUUGAUGGCGAAGCCUUUGUGGAGCUAGUGAAGGCCCUGCGAGAGAAUCCAGUCACAGAAGUGGACGACCCCGCUCAAUCCUUCCACGCACCCAGCUUCGACCACGCCGUCAAAGAUCCGAUCGAGAACGACAUCUACAUUCCCUCAUCACAACGAAUCGUGAUUCUAGAGGGAAACUACCUUCUCUUAAACGAGCAUCCGUGGGAUCAAAUCCAGCAUUUAGUCGACGAAUCCUGGUUUGUUUCUAUUUCACGUGAAACCGCAAUGGAUAGACUGGUCAAGCGUCAUCUCGAGGCAGGCAUAGAAACAACCACAGAAGCGGCAGCCCUGCGUGCGGAGGAAAAUGAUUUGCCAAAUGCGGAUCACAUCAACGAGAAUAUGAUUUGCCCUAGCUUUAUUAUAGAAAGUUCAAACUUAUAA